CUGGGUCAAACGUCACCCCUUGUACUGCCAGAACUAUCUCACCCUGACCUUUGACCUUCUCACACAACCACCAUGCGUCUCCUUCUCCUACCGUUCCUUGCUCUAGUUUUGGCUCAGGAUCCGUAUGUGGUUCCUGACGGUUACAUCACGACAAGAAUUGAAGAUUACUGGUUUGAGUUUCAUGCCACUCACCACCUGCUCCUGAUUGUGGGCAAGACAUGCCACAUCGUCCACGUGGACGCCGUAAUGGAGAGACAGCUACGAGUCAAAGAUGACAGGGAAGCCCUGGAGGACGACAUGUACAACAACUACGUCAAGCCGAACCUCCACGAGCACGCCUACACCUACAGCGAGCUCCGCAAUGAGUUCCACGACUUGUACGCCAACUUCCAGUGUAUCGGCAAAUACGUCUACAAGAUUGACUACGUGCAUCCUUCCAUGGCUCCGAUUUCAUCCGGGACCUUGGACACCACCCUGGACAAUGGGGGACCCAUAGGUUAACUUAUAUGAAUAAUUGAACCGUGGGAUCACCUAGUAUCUCUCUCCCUCUGUAAUAAAAUACAAUCCCGAAAGAG